AGCACAGUGUCUGGUCCAGAGUAGCUGCUUAAUCAGUGGCGGUUGUAUUUAUAGUAAUAACUUAAUAUUCUUGAACACUUUACCAGGCCAAAAAAAGGAAAGAAGGAGGACAUGGGGAAUACAAAGGAGGGUAAUAAUAAAAUUAAAUGAUUAUAUGUAUAUAAUACAGAUCACAUUAGGCAGGGGUGUCAUGAGGAUUAGUGUGAUAGUGACCUUGUUGCUAAGUGCAAAAGCAAAACAAUGACAUAAAAACAAGUAGGCUAGGCACUGAGUGGAGGAGAGAGAUGGAGGCAGACACUGCAGGAAAAAAAGCUGAUUAAAAAGGGGCCUUUGAUUCCACAGGCACAAAAAUCCACAGCCAGGAAUUUGCUGCCACCUCUGAGUCAGGCAGGGGGUGGGGGUGGGGUGCACAAUCCCAUUAGUACAGAAUGCCCAGUGGAUUUAGUCUGAGAGUCACAUUUCUUAUUUGGACCAGUGUAGACAGAAGCAAACCCAGCUCACUUGUUUCCUGGGACAUUUGAGUUAGGGGAUGGCUUUCGCAGAGCACUCAUCGCUGACCCCUCACCGCCGGGACCUCUGUAGCCGCUCUAUCUGGCUAGCAAGGAAGAUUCGUUCAGAUCUGACUGCUCUUAUGGAAUCUUAUAUGAAGCAUCAGGGCCUGAACGAGAACAUAAACCUGGACUCUGUGGAUGGUGUGCCAGUGGCAAGCACUGAUCGAUGGAGUGAGCUGACUGAGGCAGAACGACUCCAAGACAACCUCCAAGCUUAUCGUGCCUUCCAUGUUAUGUUGGCCAGGCUUUUAGAAGACCAACAGGUACAUUUUACUCCAGCUGAAGGGGACUUCCAUCAAGCAAUAUAUACCCUUCUACUCCAAGUUGCUGCCUUUGCUUACCAACUGGAGGAAUUAAUGAUGCUCCUGGAACACAAGAUCCCCCCCAAUGAGGCUGAUGGGAUGCCUACCGUUGUUGGAGAUGGCGGUCUCUUUGAGAAGAAGCUGUGGGGCCUGAAGGUGUUGCGAGAGCUUUCACAGUGGACAGUUAGAUCCAUUCGUGACCUUCGAGUCAUUUCUUCUCAUCAGACUGGGAUUCCAGCACAUGGGAGCCAUUAUAUUACUAAUGACAAGAAAAUAUAGCAGUUUUCCCUCUUCUCUCCCCCUUCCUUUUCUAGUGGAAUAUACACAGUUCCCUGAGGCCUCACUUUCCCAUUCUUAAGUUUUGAAAGUUUUCUAACCUUUUAAGACCACAGGCAUUUUCAUCAAGUAUGGUUGGAGACAUGGACAAAUGGGCAUAAGGUUUAUUGUGGAGAGAGAGAGAGAGAGAGAGAGUGUGUGUGUGUGUGUGUGUGUGUUUUGGACCAUAAGGGAGUGGGGACAAGGGCAACAUCCUUCCACUUUAGUGCUCUAACCUUUUCUACCCACUAAGUUAACCUUACAAGUAUUUAACAGUCUCACAGGAUAAAUGUAUGUUUAACUUUAGUCCUAGAUGACUUUUCUGAGAAGACUGAAACAGUGAAUGAAAAAUCAUGGACUCUACUAGCCAAUUCAAACUCACAGAUAAUAAAAAUAGUAACUAACGUUUAUGGAGUAUGUACUGUAUUGUAGCAGUACGCCAGGGGCUCUGUGUGUAAUUUCCACAACUCUGUUGAGGGAGGUAGUGUUCUCCCCUCUUGGCAGAUGAGAAAACAGGGUCACAGAAAUUACAACUUGUUCAAGGUUACCCACCUAGCAAAUGGCACGCUUCAGUUUGAACUCAGAUCUUUCUCACUCUAAAGCCUAUGUGCCCUUCACUUUAGAGGCCUAAUUAUGAACUUCUUUCACUGCACCUCUGUGUCACAGAGGGUUGGAAAAUUGACCCAUGUAGUCUAUCCCUAGCACUGGAAAAACAAUCCCCAUUAUGUGUCCUGAUAUGUUACUAGAACAAAAUUUGCAUGAAGGGCAGUAUUUGUUGCCCAUGCCUAGCUAAGAAGAGAGCACUGGAGAUGUUAAGAUUCGGUUUGGGGAAAAGAUUAGGCCCACCAGACUUGUGAAAUUAGGAAGCUCCAGGCUGCUUUAGAGUGCCCACAAAUGUUUUUGAGUUUUGGAUUGGGCACAACUCGUACUAGGUUACCUCACAUUUACUGUAAUCAGCAAUGUGGCGACAUAGGCACUGUAAGCCAAGCAUUCAUGCACAAUGGUUGGAAUACUACUCAGGUUAAAAUGUCACAAAACUCCUUUUACCACACAUUCUCUGGACUUAGUCAUGAGGAGAGGGUGAGGCCCACUCUGUUCCAAGUGGGAAUGCCAGCGAUACUGAAGCAAUAUACAGCAAAGCCUCCAUGCUUCACAAGAAAGGGGCAGGGCAUUGUGUUCAAUGUUCUUGAGAGAAACACUGUAUGAAAGACCCCAACUAGUAAAUGUGGGCAUUAAUGGAAAAGGUCAUUUGCGGUCAGGCGUACGAACCAGUGCUGCAGUGUAAACCCAGAAGUUCUCAGGUGUGACGUUAUUUUAUGCUACCAGUUAAAGUCACCAUCGUGGAUGGGGGACCCAAAUCAGUUUAGUUUACUUACUGUGCUCUUAAGUGAACCAUGAGUCAGAGAGGGCUAACCGCAUAAGUUGCAUGAGAUUGGGAUGGGGUGACUUAGCUUUCAACUUUUUCCCACAAGGGUUUGUGUCCACAACUCCACGAGGUCAGUGUUAUGAGGACUCUGGGAGAGGCACUGUGGCAAUACAGGGCAAGGAAGGCCCUGCUCUGCAAUAUACAUCUGUGGAAAUGGCCUCGUAUGUGUAGAAGACAUCAGUUCUGGUUGGAAUUGUGAGGCACGAGGUUAGGGUUAGGGAGUUCUAGGGAGGAGCUCGACGAGGGCCAGAAAUCAUUUUCUGGAGGAGGGAGGAGUUCGGUUGUAUCUCAGAGGGUGGCUGGGUACCAAAUAAAGAGAAAUGAGAAGAGGAAGAGUUGGCUGGUUAGAAGAAAGUGAGGCAGUAAUAAACAUUUGGGUCCAGCUGCCACUCGAGGUUAAUGUUUGGUUUUAUUUCAUUUGUAAUUUUGGUGUAUAGGUAGAUACUGUCUCAGUAAAAGCAUAGAGGCUUAUUUCAUUUAAGCUUUCUCUGAUUUGAACUUUUUCUUCUGCUUAAGAGCAGUAUUUCUAAUGGAUAAAGUACCUGUUUAUUAAUGUGAAGCUCGUAGAUUUACCUAUGAAGUAUUUUAGGCUCUUUCUGUUUAAUGGAUAAAGAUGGGAAUACAGUUUCUUACUGGGGAGUAACUGAACACAAACCUGAAUCUGAAAGAAGUGGCUCCCAAGUGUUUUGUUUUUAUAUUCAGCAGAUGAGGCAGAGCAGACAUUGGCAGAAGUUUUGGAAAUCAAGGGAGCAUGACUUAAGCUUUGUUGAGUUACAUGUGUAGAAAUAUUUAUCUGUAGGAGGCACAUUCGAAGUGGCAGAGGGUCCAGGAAAGGUACAAGUACUAACUACUGAAUAGGAGAAAAAUAGGAAGCUGUGUGAGUCUUGAUUAGUAAGCAGCCAAGUCCCCCUGAGUGUACGCCCAGCGUUGUGAUCAGAGUUCUGUAUCAGUUUCUUCAAAAAAAACUUGCAGCAUGCCUCAAAAGAAUUAUGGGGAGGGGCGCCUGGGUGGCUCGGUUGAGCGAUCGACUUCGGCUCAGGUCAUGAUCUCACAGUUUGUGAGUUCGAGCCCUGCGUCGGGCUCUGUGCUGACAGCUCGGAGCCUGGAGCCAGCUUCGGAUUCUGUCUCCCCUCUCUCUGCCCCUUCCCUGCUCAUGCUCUGUCUCUCUCUCUCUCUCUCUCUCUCUCUCUCUCUCUUUCUCUCUCUUUCUCUCUCUCUCAAUAAUAAAUAAAUGUUAAAAAAAAAUUUGUUUUUUAAAAAGAAAAGUAUGAGGAAAAUCCCUAGAAAAAUGUAGACAGAAUAAGGGAGAAAUGAGCACUCAGCUCUAAUAACAAAGUCGCAAAAGUGUGUGGAUCUGAACUGUCAACUAUGCAUCUUGCUUCUCUGAAAUGGACGCGACAUUGAAGAAGGGACUGACAACAGGCCCGUGUUCUAGGGGUGUGUCUCAAAAUACAGAUAGGAAUGAUGACAACACUGUGGAAGUAUGGUUUUUUUAAGAGUCCAGAACCCAAAAGAGAUUUUUGGCCUUUAGGUUUUAGUUCCCUUGUUUCUUAGAUCUAUAUAUGGAUAGGAUCUCUAGGGAAUCAUAUUUUUAUAGACACAUAAACUAUCUAUAGUUAUAUAAUAUGCAACUAUAAGAUUUAUAUAAAAUUUAUAAUGUAAUUAUAUAUAUAUAUGUAAAGGCAUUUGUGUGUGUGUGUGUGUAUAUAUAUAUAUAUAUAUAUAUUUUUUUUUUUUUUUUUUUUAAGCAUGAUUUUAGUUCCUAACCCCUAACUCAUAUCUCAUAUUUUGUAAAGAGGAGUCCUUCUAUCCCACAGCCUCUAGAAAAGUCCUUUGUUAGGAGAGAGAUUCUGUUUUUGUGAAUCGGUAAGGAAUUACAUGUAUGAGAACUGGUAAACUUUGCAUUGGUUUAAGAAGGUGAUUUGGAAAACACUUGCAAAUUGGCACAAACUCACAGGCCAACCAUCAAAUAAAAUUAGCUUUGAAAUGAUCAGGUUUGAGGGAAGUGAAGGUUUUAAUAAAGUCAUCGCCUUGGUAUUGCUGUUAUUUCAGGCUCAUGUGGAUUAAAGCCCAGUGGAUGACUCAUUCUUGUGACCACUGGUCAAACAGGCAGAGGACAAGUAAAUAUUUCAGGGAGACCUACAUAGUUCCAAAGUGGUUUAGAAUGACUAUGAGUCCUCAGCUCUUCAUAAAGUGGCUGAACACCUACUCUCUUAAUACUAAGGAGUAACACAGAAAUGCAGGAAGCAAAGGGGCUUCCACCAGGGCGAUAAAGUGAUUGGUGAAGAGGAAAAAUAAGUCCAGUUUGGGUAUCAACUUCGGUCGAUUUAUGGUAUGUGCCCGAGUGUUAGUUACUAGGCAGUGUUUAGGCCAGGGCGUUUAAGAAGAAUGGUGUGGCCUCCUGCCUCAGCCCACCCAAGAACAAACCUCCCGGAUGUCGGGGACACUGAAAAAGUGAAAGUGGUAAAACUGUCCUCUUUCCACUCAGAAGCUUCUGUAGAGCCCUGAAGUCUACAGAUAAACACAGUAAAAAAUACAAUUUGAUCUUUUGAUGAAAUGUGCGGGGUGUGCGGUAACAUCCAUGUGCAUGUGAUUCUCCUGUUACUUGGAUCCAUCUAUUUUUGGCAGAUAGAAAGUAAAAGAUGCAAGAGCGGCUAACAAUAAAGAUCUCGCCUCAGCAGGA